GUCAAAUCGCGCGUUGCCGUGUAAAAAGUGAUGUUUUAUUUAUGAUAAAAAAAAUUUUAGACGUGCUAUGUAUCUACAUUAUGGGACUACCAACGUAACCACUGCAUACAUAGGUAUCAUGAGAAACAUAGAGAUGAACGAUGAAUAUAAGAGACGCCGUACGCGUGGUGGCGUUGUUGGCGCUGGCGACGUGUGUAACCACAGAAAUGUGUCCUGCAACCACUAGAGAGCCGGUAACAUGCUCCUUACAGAGUGGCACGGAGAUCGAGCUCUCCUGGAGUAUUCGCGAAUACAUCACAGUAGAGUGCCUCGACAAUGGCACCUUCAGCUGCGCCGAACUACCGAAACUGAGUAUACCCGUCUUACCAACAAGGGUAAUGAUCGACAAUUGCGUGCUGCCUACCAAUGAGUCACUCAGCUGCACAUUUCAAGCCCUUGGCGCAUCUGGCGCCACCUUACUCACACUGCGCGGACCUCACUCUUUCCUCAAACCAGAACAUGUCCAAGGCCUACAUCUGUCCACGCUCAAUUUAAAAGGUUCAACGUUCGAUGAGCCUUAUACACCGCUAGAGCUACCAACAUCCGCGCUAUCAGCUCUAUCGUCGCUGCAAAAGCUCGUAGUGACUAAUGCCCGCUUAAACCUACGACUACCAACGUAA